CCUCAUUGCAUCAUCCAACUCAUACAAGAUGUCAGAACCUACCUCAGAGGUCAAAACCGACGUUCCCAAAGUUGAUCCACCAAAAGUGGUCACGCCUGAAGAAGAGGUUUUGAUCAAUAUCACACUCAUAGGUAGAGGUGUGAGCAGUAUCGAACCUCGUUUGACCGCUCGGGUUUUGAGAACUUUGACACAUACCAGAAGGAAGGUUGAUAAGCAUGUUAUGAAAAGGGUUUUGCAAGGGGCUUUUCCUAGAGGAUCUAAAACGGGUCAAUCCCUCAUCGCCUCGGCUUACUUCGACGCCCUUCCUUCUCCUACCAAAGAUACUGGAGAAAUGGACCUUGACCCCGUCCCUUCCCUCUUAGCACCUCAACCAACACGACCAUCAUCCACCCUUACUGUUCCAGGUGUUGACAAUUCGGUCUCUCCAUCCACCGAUAUAACCAGGACAAACACCCCUAACCCUUUGACCCAACCUAAGAAGUACACCCCGCCUCUUGAUCCUCAAACGGGGGAUUUGAUCCCAGAAGGUGUGGUGUAUCUAAGACUGUUGUUGGUGCUCCUUAACCUGGAUGCGGGACGGGUUGCAGAGGCGACCGAAUUGGCUAUGGAGACUGCGGAGUUUUGCGCGGCGAAAAAUAGACGGACUAUGGAUCAAUUGGCUGCGAGAAUUUUCUUUUAUCUAGGAAGGGGGUAUGAGUUGCAAGGUAGAUUGAAGGAAUUACAAUCACUUUUGCUCGCAACUCGUCAAACCGCUUCUUUGAGAAAGGAUGAGACUUUGGAGUGCACGGUCAUCAACAUCCUUCUACGAUCUUACCUCGCCAACGAUCAAUUCGAUCAAGCCGACAAGCUCGUCGCCAAGACACCUUUCGAUGGCAAUGUCAACCAAGCCCAGAACGUCCGUUAUCUAUUCUACUGCGGACGUCUUCGGGCUAUACAGUUGAAUUAUGCCGAGGCGGCUGAAUAUCUGACUGGGGCCAUCAGGAGGGCACCGAAGGAUGAAGUGGCUCCUGGUUUCGUGCAGACUAUUCACAAGUUUUACAUUGUGGUGGUGCUUCUCACCGGUGUCAUCCCAGAUCGUGCUUUGUUCCGUAAGCCAGUGCUCAAAGAAGCUCUUGCGCCGUACUUCCUCAUUGUCCAAGCCGUUCGAGUAGGGGAUAUGUCAGCUUUCCAGUCAGCUCUCCAAACUCAUUCAUCAACAUUCACGACCGACGGUACUCUUUUCUUAAUCCUCCGUCUUCGACACUUUGUCAUCAAGACAGCUCUACGAACCAUCACCUUGGCCUAUUCCAGGAUUUCUUUGCGUGACGUUUGUUUGAAAUUGGGGCUGGAAAGUGAAGAAGAUACAGAAUACAUCGUUGCUAAAGCUAUCAAAGACGGUGUUAUCGACGCUACCAUCGAUCAUGUUCAAGGACAUAUGGAGAGUAAGGUGAAGAAAGAUGUGUAUGAAACUGAAGAACCUGCUAGAAAGUUUGAUAGUAGGAUUCGACUUUGUACGAAUAUGUAUAAUGAGAGUGUCCGGGCAAUGCGCUUCCCACCCAACGCUCAUCGGAAAGAACUCGACACUUCGGCUGACGCGAGAGAAAGGGAUAGAGAGAUCGCCCAGUACAUUGCGGAUUCAGAAGGGAAUGAUGACCUUGAUGAUUUGUAGAGUGAAUGAGAUGACAUGUGAGAUGCAAGUGAGGAUAAAAAGUACU